AUGAGUACAGAUAGUUCACCUACAUUGUUUGAACAAUUCCCCGUUGAACUGAUUCGUUCAAUAUUUGAAUAUCUGUCUCCACUCGAUCUACUAAAUGCUUUUGAAGAAUUGAAUAGUCGAUUUUCAUCAAUUAUUCGUGAACAUCCACUUUGUUUACCUCAUAAUCGACGAAUGAGUUUAAACGUUUAUGAAGAUUAUAUGGGAUACGUAUUACCAGAAUAUUCGUCACAAAUUGUUUAUCUUCAUCUAUCCGAACAUCGUACUCCUUAUGCAGUUGAAUCAUUUCUCAAUAAAAUGUAUGAUCAAAAAUAUUUAUUCUCAAAAUUAAAAGCGAUCACCAUUCAAGAUAUUCCUCUUCGUUUGUAUGAUUCAUUAUUGGACGAUAUUCUUCCAUUGUUCAACAAACUCGAAUCACUUACAAUUGAUCUGAAUGCCGAUCAUUAUCAUCAUGCCGAUUACAAUCAAUGGACAGAUAUUGACUUUCUUGUCCCAAUACUCAAUUCAUUUCCUCAGUUAUGUUCAUUGUACUUGAAGAUUACGCCGACAUAUAACAAGAAUUACUUGAAUGAUGUCAAUAUGAUCUCUUCUUCUAUGUCUUCUCAUUUGCAUCUUCACACACUCUCUAUUGAUCAAUGUUCACGUCAAUUAUUUGUAGAAUUACUUAGCAAGAAUCGUCUUCCAAAAUUACGUAAUUUACGAAUUAUAUUUCCUCAAAUGAUAUAUAAUGAACAUGUUUUAACAAUGCAAUCUCAUCAAAUACCAUUGAAUACAAGUUGCAUACCUCAAUUACGUCGUAUCAAACUUGAAGUGCACAGAAAUAUUCAAUGGAUUUUAGAUUAUUUUGAAGAGAUCUAUCGUUGUGAACAACUGGAAGAAUUAAUCAUGGAAGGUCAUGUGAGAUUCAGUGAAAAUACAGAUUUUCCAAGGGCAGAAAUUGUACGAAAAUGGUUAGCUAUGUCGAAAUUGAAACAAUGCAAUGUUCGAUUUCAUUUUUCUGUUACCUGCAGAGAAGAAAUUGAUCAACAAAAUUUAAAUGAUUUAUUCGCUAAUUAUAUGAAGAUAUUUGGACGAAAUUCGAUUUACCAAAAUGAGUACAUUCUUAUUCACUAUCCGAAUAAUAUUAAAUCACUUCCAAAUGAAGACGAAGAAGAUGAUAUUGGCGCUGUUGAUGAAUUAGAUAUUAACGAAUCAGUGUAUUUGGAAGAUGAAUGGAUAGAAGCUGUACAAAAUGUCUCUCAAUGGCCGAAUCUUCGCAAAAUAUCGAUUUCAGGUGAUUGUACAACAGAUAAAGAUGCUAUUAAUCGAAAUUUUCGAAUCCUACUUCAUGUUGCACGACGAGCAGCACGUUUCUGCGAACUUAAAAUUGAGGCAACGCUUACAUUUGGUCUUGCUUUAUCGUCAAACAUUGAACUUUGCAAAUAUCUUGGUGAUCAUCUCGAAGUACUUCGUUUUAAUGGCGAAGAUCAAACAAGUUCCUUUCUUCAAUUAGUUCAAAUCGUUGAUACAAUUUACUCUCACUCAUCAUCUUCAUCAUUACCACUGAAAAAAUUGACAAUUUUUGUCGGUGCUGAGCCAUCAUCAUGGCUAACAAUUGAACAUUUUCAAAAAGGACUUCAACUAGUCUUUAAUCGUUUUCCAUCACUUAUUCAUUUUACAUUAUACUGUUAUCAAACAGAACUAUAUACGGAUACUAUUUAUGAUUUAAAUGAAUUGUUAACCGAUUGGUAUUCAGGAGUUAAGUGUGGCAGAUCAUGGAGUUGGAGAUCUCAAUCAAAUUCAUUCGAUCUUUGGCUCUAA